AUGGCGGCUAACGCUACGACUAACCCGUCGCAGCUGCUUCCUCUAGAGCUUGUGGACAAGUGUAUAGGAUCAAGAAUUCACAUUGUGAUGAAGAGUGAUAAAGAGAUUGUUGGCACACUUCUGGGAUUUGAUGACUUUGUCAAUAUGGUAUUGGAAGAUGUCACUGAAUUUGAAAUCACACCAGAAGGAAGAAGAAUUACUAAAUUAGAUCAAAUUUUGCUAAAUGGAAAUAAUAUAACAAUGCUGGUUCCUGGAGGAGAAGGACCUGAAGUAUGAAUGAAUUUCCUUGACGUAUGCUUAGGUUCUGUUUUCUUUUAUAAUGACAACAAAAUAGAAUUUUUUUUUUUAACCUUUUAAUGUUUGUAUUCUGUGAAGCCAAGUUUCCCGUUAAAGGGAAAUGCUUUGAAGAUGCAUUGUAAAUACCCAUUUUUGUAAGUUAAUCAUGGUUAUACUGGGAAAAGAACAGUUUGUUCUUUGAAGACAGAAAUAAAUGUGUUUUUG